UGGCAGUCGGGUGUAUAUCUCAGACCGUGAUCGGACAGGUGGAUUGUAUACGGCGGUUAUAAUGACAAUAGUUUGGUGCCGUGUUAAGCAUUAAGUAAUUUCAAGCAUCAUAACACUCUUUCGUGUAGACAUUUGGAAAAUAAUAUUAAUUAGAUACGGAGCAGUUCACUAGUAAAUACGUAUCAUAUGGUGUCGCGGUGAAAGGGUUAUUUAACUUCAGUGAAACUAAAUAUAUUGUUUAUAUGAAAAGUCAUGGAUACAAUUACUUAUAAAAUGCAUUUGUCAAGGAAAGCAGGGGUGACAUCUGUUCCCGUGGAUGUUACCCUGACAGAGAAAGUCCUAACUUGGACAAGUGAGCUGCAGUUUAACAGAGUUAAAGUGAAAUCAAUAUGCACAAACGAUCUCCUAGCAAUACAUCCGGUCAAAACCGGAAGUGAUGUCGUGGAGUCCGAUGUGAUGACGUUCAGACUGUUCUUCGUAGAACACUUUCCUCACAGAGUAAUGAAGAUGAAUUCCAUUGUACUGUCGAUCCAUCAUUCUGACGCUUUGUCUUUCUUGACGAAAAUAAACACUAUUGUAAAAGGUCCACAGAAACCAAGGCGUCUUCUGGUGUUCAUCAAUCCCAUAAGCGGAAGGAAGAAGGGUACGACCGUCUACCGAAAGCAAAUGUCACCACUAUUUCGAAUUUGUGGUAUUAGUGUAGAUGUUGUUGUCACUAGACGGCGUCGCCAUAUUUCGUCUGUUCUGGAGACAUAUGAUCUCACGACUAUAGAUGGCAUAGUAACAGUCGGAGGUGACGGAUUGUACAGUGAAUGUGUGAACGCCUUACUCCGGAAACAACAACCAAAUAACGAUAUAGAAUUAGACACGCCUUCAUCCCCAGUCAGUGAAAUUCCAAUAGGCAUCAUCCCUGCGGGAACAGGAAACGUCUUGGUGGAGUUUCUCCAUGGCAACAAAGACACAGAAACAGCUGUUUUACACAUUAUAAAAGGCAAAACAACUCCAUCCAAUGUCGCUGGUCUCUACCAAAACCGCAAAUUGACAGUGUUUGCUGGUCUUGUACUGGGAUUUGGUCUGUGUGGUGAGAUGGUGAGGGAUUGUGAGAAGAUGAGAUGGCUCGGACCAACAAGACACUCUGUAGCUCCGCUCAAAGCAUUCUUCCAGAGGCGAACGAUUGAUCUCGAUGUUACAUCGAAACAAACGACUACAGGAACAAAGGACACUGUCGGACAAAACUGUCGUCUGUCUGGUCCAAUGUAUAGCUUGGAUAUGUGGGAUACCAACACUCGUUAACGGUCCGCUGAGGAUGGAGCCUACCUUCGGACACAGUUCAUUAACCUUACACGCUGUCCACAAGUGUAGCUUCGUGGAUCACCUUCGUCACCUUCUCAAAGUCAACAGUCGACAAUCGGGAUGUUUCGAUUACGAUUUUGUGAAGACCAUACAAGGGACCGGAUUCGAGGUUCAUCUUCAACGUCACCAAGGGUUCACACGGAAGUUUUAUAUCAAUCACGAUGGGGAACACACAACGCUGACGUCACAAUCAUUUGAUGUCAGAUUACAUCAAGGUGCCAUCAAGUUAUUUGGGGAAGUGGAAUGAGCGAUGGUUGUCUUCGAGACUCAUGAAAACCUAAUCUAGUCAAUCUCGAUAUCAUAACAUUCAUUUACAAUGUGUGAGGACAUGUGAUAAUGUAGCGUCUUAUUACGAUGAUGGUCUUUAUGAUAAUAAGUAGAUCUGAUAGUAUUAUCUAUCACAACGGUAGUGAUGACAAUAUGAUACCCAGGUCAAGGCUCCAAAGUCCAAUAUGAUUGCCAGGCCAAGGCUCCGAAAGGACAUUAGAUGUCUUUGCCAAAGCUACCAAAGCCAAUGUAUCUCGACCAAGGUUUCCUAAUGACAAUCAGAAGAACCUUCAUGGGACAACACAUACUUAUUGUAUCAAUCCAAUACCAUCCACAAAUUAUCGACAGUAGCUGUAUGUUGGUAUGGGACUCUCCUUAUUAACAAAGCUAAAGAUAGAAAACCCUGCCAAAUGAGAUUGUUAACGAUUGUAUAGAAUACAGCAUUACUUUUAUGCCAUUCAGUAUUAUAUGUUAUAGAAAAAGUAGAUACGUUUUUUACACUGUAUAAGUAGUUGUUUUACGUUUUGUCAAUUUGAAAGUAGUUUUGAGUGGAUUGCAAAAUUCUUAACACCCAUUGUAACUUUUUUCUCAUAUUGUUCAUUUAUCAUUAUUACUAUUAUUUUCAUUUCGUGCCAAUUUAUUUGUAUUGUUCUAUAUUAAUAUACAUAUAUUAAAUACCUACAGAUAGCAUUGUUUACUAUCAAAAUGGAUUAUCAAUAGUCAAUACACCAUGAUAAUACCUUAUGAUAAUAGAUGUCAGUUAGGAUGUCCCUUAUACAACGAGGAUAAAAAGCAGCAUUUAUUGUUUAUACAUGUGUAUAUAUGCAUCCACGUAUACUAAGUAAAUCAAAUGGAUCUAAGUCAGGGUAACACCUCGCGAUUGGUCAGUGGUUGAAGUUGAUAUGACAACACAUUCGUGAUUGGUGGUAAUUGAUAUCCAUUGUCUCCUUAUAAAGUGUUUUAACCUUUCCACCAAUCAGCUCUGAACGCUCAGUUUUAUUUAUGUUUAUGAUAAUAUGGUUUAUAUAAAGUGUGUUAUUUAUCCUUAUUUGUUUAUGAUAGCUCAUUUUAUUUUAAAACUUGUGAUGUUAUAUAUUUAACCAAUCUACUUUGCAUAUACUAUUUUAUAACAAACCGGUAGUCAAAAUUAAUCCUAAUUGUUAUCAUUUACACAUGGAAUGUAGAUAUGUUGUAUGAUAAAGCAUUUUCUCCAGCA